AUGACAAGCUCAGUUGGACAGAAAAAAGUCUCUUCAAGACAAAGGAAGUGUGGUUUUUGUAGAUCUAAUAAAGAUAAUGAAUGUGGACAAUUAUUGAUGUCAGAAAACCAGAAGGUGGCAGCACAUCACAAAUGUAUGCUGUUCUCAUCUGCACUGGUAUCUUCACACACUGAUAAUGAGAGUCUUGGUGGAUUCUCAAUUGAAGAUAUUCAGAAAGAAAUAAAAAGAGGCACAAAACUGAUGUGCUCUUUAUGCCAUUGCCCUGGAGCAACCAUUGGCUGUGAUGUAAAAACAUGUCACAAGACAUAUCACUACUACUGUGCUUUGCAUGAUAAAGCUCAGAUAAGAGAGAAACCCUCACAAGGCAUUUACAUGAUUUUAUGUCGAAAACACAAGAAAACUACGCAUAACUCUGAAGCAGAUUUAGAAGAAAGUAUCAAUGAACAUGAGUUGGAGCCUUCACCUCCCAAAGGAAAAAGGAGGGGUCGUAAGGGAAAGCCAAGAAAAACAAAUUUAAAAGGGCAAUCAGAAGACACUAGAUCUACGUCCUCACAUGGCACAGAUGAAAUAGAAAGCAGUUCCUAUAGAGACAGGUCUCCCCACAGAAGCAGCCCCAGUGAUACAAAACCUAAAUGUGGAUUCUGUCAUGCAGGUGAAGAAGAAAAUGAAGCUAGAGGAAAGCUUCAUAUAUUUAAUGCCAAAAAGGCUGCAGCACACUAUAAGUGCAUGUUGUUCUCUUCUGGCACUGUCCAGCUAACAACAACUUCAAGGGCAGAGUUUGGUGAUUUUGAUAUUAAAACUGUACUUCAGGAAAUCAAGAGAGGUAAAAGAAUGAAAUGCACACUUUGCAGCCAGCCUGGUGCUACUAUUGGGUGUGAAAUUAAAGCCUGCAUAAAAACAUACCAUUACCACUGUGGAGUAGAAGACAAAGCUAAAUACAUUGAGAAUAUGUCACGAGGAAUUUAUAAACUCUAUUGUAAAAACCAUAGUGGAAACGAUGAAAGAGAUGAAGAGGAUGAAGAAAGAGAGAGUAAAAGCCGUGGCAAAUCAGGCACUGACCACAAUGACAUUCCUCAGCAGCAGCUCAAUGGAAACUAGGUUCAAGGGACAGAGUUAUAGAACUGGGAAUGGCUAAGACAUCAUAACUACUAAUUCUUUUAAACUGUUUUCUAAACUCAGAAAAGGGUCAGUAACUUUUUACUACCCAGCUCUGUUAGAAAUUUCAUUGAACUGCCUGAAACGUUCAUGUGUGUGAGCCUUCAGUAAGUGGCAGAGUUUUUACAUGUCAAUAUUAUGUAGUUUGUAGUCUGCAGUGUCUGGAAACAAAAACAAAACAACAACAAAAAGAAACAAAAAAAGGAAACAAAAAGAAACUAAAAAAAAAAAAGGAACCUUAUAUAAAUGAUAUGUAAUAUGUACAGUGUCAAAAGUUAAGGCAGACAUUGAAAUGAAGUAAGAUCUAUAUUUCUGGACUGAAUAAAUAAAAACAAAACAACAAAAACCUUAAGAUUUGGAAUGUGUUAAGUGGUUUAGUGGAUUAACGCAACGAGGGAAGGUCUUAUCUAGUUGAAUUCCCAACACGGACAAGUUUGU